GUACUUUUUUGGCAUUUGGGAAAAAAUAAAGGGCGAGUCUCGUCAUUUCCUCUAUCCCUGCCUGCAUCUCCUUCAACUUCGCCCACCCCUUCAAAAAGACCAGCAAAGCGGGAGAAGUUGAUGUAGGCUCUGUCAGAGAGAGAUGGAGAUUGGUGAGCGAUAGUUCGCCAGAGAGAGCGUUUCCUUUUUUGUGGAUUGAGAGUGAGUUGACGUUCAAGUUUGAAGGAUAGACCAGAGCAAAAACAAUGACGGGGGUGGUGCAAGAACAGAAGGAGCAGAUAGAGAAGCAUAUGGGGUGCAUGGGAGGGUUCCUUCAGAUCUUUGAUCGCAACCAGAUUCUCGCCGGAAAACGCCUUUACGCCACUAAGCGCCUCCCUCCCUCUACGGUAGUUGAUUCUAGUCCCGAGUCGGAGAAGGCCAUAGGGUCUCCAGCAAUAUCGAGUGUAUCAGAGGAGCAGCAAACAAGAUCAAUGCCUUCUCCAGGACACUCGAAGCAGCAAAACUCUCCGGUGACGGAGCUCCGAACUCCGGUGCCGGAGCCCCAGGCCAAAUUGCCUCUUCCUCUUCCGGUAUUCGAGCUUAAACAAGGGACAAAGUCUUCGUGGAAAUUUUGCAAAGAAGCUCCUAGACUUUCUCUUGAUAGCAGAGCAACCUUCGACGCCAAAGGAAGCCUUAAACCGAAAGAGAUCCGUACAAAUGCUGCAAUUUUAUCCGUAAGCUCUUGCGAGAAGAAUGGAGAUGAUACAGAUGAUAACGAGAAACAACGCCGAUCGCCUAGCGUAAUAGCAAGGCUGAUGGGUCUGGAGAAAUUACCGGAAUGCGAAAAUGAACAGGCAAAAAAACCUGAACUGCGAAGAUCUGCUUCAGAGUCCAGAGCCUCCAGAGAUCUUCUGCAGUAUCGAUUCAUCGACGGCGUCAAUUUCCAGUUAAAGAACGCGCAACAAAGUAGUGCACAGAGCAAUGUUCCAAGUAAUAUGAUCAGAGACGAUGCAGUUAAAAAUCAAAAAAUGAAUGGCAGAACAGUAGAUCAACAGGAGUAUAAUGGUGUGAGAAAUGCUAGAGUUGAGCCUGCUGGUGCUAGGGCAACUCACAGAGGCAUAGGGCAAAGAAAGAGCUUCUAUGAUUCAGCUGAUUUCUUCCCUGAGCCUAAGCAUCCUGUGUCUAUCUGUGGCGAGAUUGAGAAGAGGCUAAAAAUGAGAGGAAUCGAUGAGCCAUCUAAGGAUCAUGAGACUCUUAAGCAAAUCCUCGAGGCUCUGCAGCUUAAAGGUCUUCUACAUUCCAAGAGGCCAUCAAACCAAAACAAUCAAAGAAUUUUGUGCGACAGGAGGUUCUCACAAGACGAAUCGCCUAUCGUUGUAAUGAAGCCGGUAAGAUCAACAUUUCCUUCUCCUCCGGUGAACCGGCCGGCCAGAAUUGGUAACGAUUCAUCUCCGAGUUUUAGAGCCAGGUCUGCAAUUCGCCGGGACUCGAUUCUCUCCGGUGAAACAUUGCCGGCAGUGAGUCCCAGACGUGAGCGACCAGAGAUUGAACGUAAUAUACGGAACCAAAACAGAGGUCGGAAUUCGAGUUCGCCUCCUCGAAGUGAAAGCAGCGUCAAGAGUCCCAACAGAAGACCGUUGACCGUUGAAACGCAGAGGAGAGUAAGUAAUAAUUCAAGUGAACGGGGAAGAGUUUCUCCAGUUCAGUCUCCUAAAGUUAGUUCGAGAAGAACCUUUCCGGAUCCGAGCACAAGCCGAUCACCCAGAAUCAGGAAACCAACAGUUGAAGUUUACAAGGAGGAGAAAGUGUUUAUUGCUGCGGAGGAUGAAUCAUCCUCCAUUUCUGAGAGUAGCAUCAGCACGUCUUCUCAGACCGAAACAGAGGCAUUUCUAUUACGGAGUUCCAAGAUGGAGGACAACAAGCAAGGUAGGAGUCUGCUGGAGAGGUGCGAUAAACUAAUCCAUAGCAUAGCCGAAAUAACAACGAGUGAGCAGCAACCCAGUCCAGUAUCGGUUCUGGACUCGUCGUUUUACAAGGAGGAAUCUUCUCCUUCGCCUGUCAUGAAACGGAGCGUUGAUUUCCAAGAUCAUUUAGCCGAUGUGGACGACGAUUUGUGGAACCCAGCAGUGCAGCUAAAAUUAGAGGAAAAUUCAUACGACUGUGAUUUCAUCUACAUUUCUGAUAUCCUCAGGGCUUCCAAUUAUUUACCUGAUGACUCUGAUGUCUUCCUUUUACUUGAAAAGCAACAGUAUUUAAAGGGAAACGACACUUCCAAAGUCUCUAGACUCCAAAGGAAGCUUAUUUUCGACACCAUUGCAGAAAUUCUCAAGAAGAAGAGGCAAUUGCCCCCAUGGAAGUCUAUUAGUUGGACAAAUGCUGCUGGCGGACAAGCUUCCUUGCAACAAAUUUGGUCUGAAUUUCAAAAAAUUCGCGAGAGUUGGGACGCAUCGGAUGAUUUAUUGAAUGUGAUUUGCAGUCUGCUAAAGAAAGAUCUCGCAGGGGAUGCCAUCAAUGGAUGGGAAGACUGCCCAAUUGAGAUGUCUGAAGCAAUUUUAGAUAUUGAGAGGCUAAUUUUUAAGGAUUUGAUCUGUGAAAGCAUCCGAGAUCUCGCUGCCAUUACUGGGAAAUACAAUCAGGCAUCAUUGCCGCGGAGAAAGUUGGUUUUCUGAAAGCAAGGGAGGAUAAGAAGCAGCCUUUGUUUUUUAUUAUUUUUAAAAAAUUUAAUUCCCGCGCUUUAUUUCCUGCA